CGCUAAACCACGCCUCUCCACUUUCUCGCGCAUCAACAUGGCGACUUGCAGAAAGAUGGGGCGAAGCAGGAAAAAUAUUUGUACUCUUUCUCUGGUUAUUUUACUCCACCUGUCAACCAGCGUCUGCUCACCAGUUCCACAUAAUAACAGCACUACGACGGGAGAUAAUCAGGGGGGAAGCACGUCUCAGAAUCUUACUUUGACCACUGUGAAUGAGAAAGCAGGCAACACAGAGCCUUCGCUGUCUCAAAACAGUACAGCAGUUUUAACGAAUACCAAGAACCCUGAAACACCUGCUGGCAAUGACUCCUCCACAACAGCCAUAGAGGCUCCCACAGGCAACCACACAACAGCCAUUGAACCAAAAAGCGCCAAAGAACUAACAGAUCAAGUCGCCAUCAUUGAUUCCUCUGAUAAUACACAGCAGCCAGAGCCUGUCAGUAAAGGGGCCACAACAACAGAGAAGGCUGAAGGUAACCCGGACAGGGGUGAGCCAACAGAUGGACCCGCUGCUUCUGAAACCACUCCGGCUUCGAGUCCAGAAGUUACCACCUCUGUCAAAACCCCUGAACCAGCCAAAUCUGUUAUAGAAGAGCUCGAUGCACCUGACCCCAAACUCUCCACCGCUCUGAACCCGUCCAUAGUGCAGGACUCUGAUUUAGACCUGCAGCAGCCCGCUUACACAGUUGAAGGCAACGAAGGUGAUGAUGACGAUGACGACGACGAUGACGAAGAUGGCGUCUACAGGGACAGCGAUGACAGUGACAGCCUUGACGGCUUAUAUGACAACACCGACGACAGAAUGAUAGACCAGAGUGUGAACAGGCUGCAGCAAGACAGGAUGGAGGUGGUGCCCCGUUACAAACCAGACAGCUACAGCCAAGAGGAUGAAGACUCCCACUUCUUCUUUCAUCUGGUCAUCCUGGCUUUCCUGGUGGCCAUCGUUUACAUCACCUAUCACAACAAGAGGAAGAUCUUCCUCCUGGCUCAGAGCCGGCGCUGGAAGGACAGUCUGUGUUCCCGCAACACUGUGGAGUAUCACCGCCUGGACCAAAACGUCAACGAAGCCAUGCCGUCCCUCAAGAUGACCCGGGACUACAUUUUUUGAUCCACGUUCAGAAGAACAAUAUGUUCAGACCUGCACAGAGCCAGUUGGCCUUCCCGCCUGGCCGGUCGCAUUGUUGAGAUGCUGUGCUUUGUCAUGGAGCCCGAUUGAUGCUUUGUCUUGCUUUGCAGGCCAGCUGGAGAGCAGCGAGUGUAACGUCUUCUGGAUAAAAUUAUGUUUGUUCAGGACUCUUCUGUUGUCUGCAUAGAGAGAUUUUUACAGAUUAUCUGUUAUUCUUAUUUGUAAUAUUAUUUUAAAGUUAUUUUUAUUCUCAAUUAUUGACUUCUUGGGAUUUAACAUUUCAUUUUUUUAGGGGUCUUAUAUUUGUCUUCUUUGGGAGUAUUUCAGCCUUAUGGUCCCUCUACACCUGCUUUGUUCUCCCUCUUUCAUACUGUCUUAAGAUGUUUAAUAUUCGCUUUAAAAAUAGGAAGAACCUAGAUCAUAAUAUACUGCUUAAUAAUAACAGUCGAUUAUUCACCCUAAUAUUAAUAGAUAAUAAUGAAAUAGAUUUCUCUCUCAACAGUUAGACAAGAUAUAAAUUGACACACAAAGCAUUUGCUUUUCGAAAGCACUUGUGUCACACAUAUGUUUGUAUUUUAAAGGUUAAGUAUGCUAAAAAAGCAGAAGCUGAUAUAGAAGCAGGCGUUCCAAAAAACAAUCCAUGGCUCAUUUAAAAUGGUCUGUUGAUCCUAGAUCUUAGAGUAAGAAAUUACUGUACACUACAAAAAGUUAAAUAUUGGGGAAAUUGAUUUAAAUACACAAGUGAAAAUAUUCCUUAUUAUUAUCUAACCAAGAAAGAAAUCACUUUUUGAAUUAAAUUUUAAGAUGUUAAAAUUUAUUUUAACCGUCACUCCUUUAAAAAAAAAAAGCCUUUUCAUUUAGAUUUUAACAUCAUGUAAGGGAUGUAAAAUCCUUAUUACGUGUGAAAUUAAGCUGCACAUAAAGUCGAGGAGGGGUACGACUCUUCUGAUGAGGGGUCUGUCCAUGUGCUUAAGCCAUUUAAACGAAGACGGAUGCUGUUCAGGUUAGAAUGUACUAAUAUAAUGUAUGAGAGAAAACUUUUUCUUUUUCAUCACGUUGUAAUUUACUUGUCUGCUGUACCUCUUCCACUUCUACUGCCCAGAUUUUGCCAUGCAGAAAUCCUGGGGCUGGCCCUCUUUGUUUUAUGACUUCGGUGAAGUCUCUAUCAAUCAUUUAUUGUCUUCAUUGUGGCAAAAAUGCAGCGGCUGUGUUUCUCUCAUGCUCUCACAGCACUUUUAAUUUUUAGUUACUACUUGUCGGAGUACAGUUUGGUGGACUGUUGAUCAGAAAUUUUGCACGCUGUGUGGCCUUGCAUUCACACGAGGAAAUGAAAAACCACAAAAACAAGAACAGACCACAUUAUUUUGACACCCAUGGCUCCACUUCCUAUAUGUCACAGCUCAAUGUUGUUUUUCUGUCUGUUGCCGUCACAUGCCUUCAAACGAAAUGCCAUAACUGCCACACAAAUCCACGCCAUCAAUCUCUUGUCGCCUUCUGCCAGUUGUUUUCAGCUGUUUUGUCCGUUUAUAAAGUAACACAAUGGUUAGACUGAUUAUGCGAUUUGCACUGUCAUUCAGUUAUUGGCUAGAACACGAGGGGAGGAGCUGUCCUGCAUAAAGCGAUGGAUCAACACUGCUCUUGCAAUCAACUGUAGAAACUGUACAAUCUUUUUUUUUUUGGUCAAUAAAGCACAAAUUGUGUACAGAG